UUUUCAUCGAAGCGAUAAGUUAAUUAGAGCAUAUGUAUGAGAUAAUUUAAUCUGAACGUUACGCGCACACAUUUUAUGAAAAAAUUUCUUCGAUGCAGAGGCAAUUUGUACAAUGAUUUCGAAAUUUUCGAGACGUAGCGCGAGAAUUGGCGAGAAUUAAAUGUAAUAUAACCUCAAUUUCCUUAACAGGAUAUACAGUAAUAACGGAAUAGCGAGCGAUGUAAUUAAAUGUAUGGAGACAGAAUGGGAGACGAACAAUUCCGUUACACCCAGGAGAGAAUUGUAAAGGUCACCGGAUCACACCCGUAGCAGUAGCAGUAGCAGUUUUAACCGCGCAUCAACGACUGCAUUCCCAAGCGAGUCCGGUACGAGGGAUAUAUGGAGAGAAACGUUGCGAGAGCGUGACCAAAUUAAGUACGCGUUCGAUCAAAUCGAUUCGUAGUCUCGCGAGCGAGAAUACAUUUGCAAGAAGGCUUUUGUAAAAAAUAAAGAUUCUAUUUUUGGUGUAAGUAUGUGUGUGCGAGCGGCGUGCAGCCGUGCACUGCGUGCGCGCUCGUGCAUAUAUAGCUUAGAAAAUCUUUUGUUAACAAAUAUGACGAUAACAGUUCUUUUCUUUUUCCCCGUAAUGUUUGCCAUUAAAUUUAACUUGCAUUUAAAUCUUGAACCAUCUAAUCUAAGAAUUUAAGUUUCCUUCGAUGUCGUCAGUAUAUAUUAUAAAUUUAAUGUUUACUGCGCAAUAGUUCUUUUAUUUUAUUUAAUAACAUGCCAUAAAAAACUUUUUGGCAAUAGUAUAGUGUAUAGUUUAAUCUGCAUAAAUAUUAUACUAAGAGAAAAUCCAAGUUUUCUUGGCGAGAAAAAUAUUUUAUGUACUUAUUAAUACAGAAAUAUAUCAAAUGUGUUAAUAAAACUGUCAUUAGGAGAGUCUGGAUCGAGUGGAUAAUUUUUUUUUCUCAACCUUACCGAUAUCGGCAACGAUAUCUCGAAGCAACUGCUGUGGAUUGACGAGAGGUAGGACGGUAGGAGGCCAGUUUUAGUCUUGGAUAAUACAUUCGCCGGUUCGGAGUAUAAAUGAAGGACAAUGACCUAAUUGUGUGCAGAACGUUGUUGUGCUUCCUCGAUAGUCAAUCACCGUGUGCGCAAUUCAUAUUUGAUUAUUUAUAAGUGUCGAACUACUAUGUUAAAUUAACAAUUGUUUCCUUAUCGAGAUACUUUAAUUGUUUAAUUUAAAAAAUUAAAAAAAAAAGAGAAGAAAAAAAGUCAGACAAUUUCUUAUAACGGGAACGACAUCGACAUAGUUUUGCAUAUUGCAGCCGACAAGAGUGUAAGUUAUUAUGAAGACAACUAGUUGGAUUUGUUGGCUCCUCGCCGUGUGUAUCUGCCUUUCCGAAGGGAAGAAUAAGAUUAGAAGACCGUUCGCACCACCGCCACCGUACGUUCCUAUGCUGAUAUUAAAGGAGCCCCGGCCCAUCAAUCAAAGAAUAUCUAUGGGAAAUACCAUUCAUAUCGGUGCUGGUCUGUCUUCUCAGCCGCGAAUACCUUACAAGCACGCCAAUUACCGAAUUCGCCGGCCGGUAUACAAUGUUUUGUCGACUAGCUGGAAGAAUCAAAUUCCAAUGCGAGCAGUAUCCCUGAACAACCGCCCAAUUAUGCCACAACGUGCUCCCACCAAAGAAUUUUACUCUAUAAACAAGGUACCGGAAUACAGUCCGGAAUACAGACCGGAGCUAGUAGCCCUGCCACCUACUCAUCGGGGAGGUGUCGACGACGACAAAGGACCUAUCCACACAAUUCCGGCACCAAAUUUGAGCCCAUCGGCGGCGAAGCCCCCGAUACGAUACAAUACGGCCACCAACUUGGAAGAUAUCGCCGAUCACCAACCGUACUCGAGCGAUCUCAAUUAUCAUACUCCCGCACAAAAUUCUAGAAGAACCACUUUUGGAUUAGCCACGAUUAGCAGCAGUUUAUCGUCGCAGGGAACAGCGACGAGCUCGAGCUCGAGCUCGAUUCCGCCCCAACCGGGGAUUCCCCCCAAUCAAUACCAAGUUACGGAAAGCAACGACGUGACUUUGAAGGAGCACGUAACCGUCCAGCCGGCCAUCCUUCAACCACAGGAUUUGGAUAUAACGAGGCUAUACUCGAUUAUAAUUAAUAAUCCUCAGCCGCAAUCCAACGAGUUUUUUGCAAAUCACCCGUUUAACUCAUUGUCAGAUACGAGUGUUAUAGGUUCGAAUGUACAAUUUGGCCAGUCAAGCACGCCAAUGCAAACGAAUCUUCAUAGCUCUCUAAACGUCGGAUUUCCUUCCACCGCCAUCCCGCAGGCACCAUACGCAUACACCAUAGCGCGGCAGGACCUACCAGCCGCGGACCUUCACGUAGGCCAUCCGGCUCCAGCAGGACCGCCGUUGUCAGCUUCACAACUCUACAAUCUGUUGAAUAAUUUUCCACACAAACUCGCAGAACGAUAUACAACAGAUGAGCAACACGUCCUUCAUCAACAACAAAUCGACCAAGCACUUGAAUCGGAACAACUUGCGGCAACGAGCUUUUCUCAACCGCAAAUGCAUUCUUUCAAUUAUGACGAACAGACUAAUCAGCUGCAACAGCGGCGACAGCAGCAAAUUUUACCCGACCAAGAUUACGCCUCCGAAAGUGUCACGGCAGAUUAUAAUCUCGAUCCCGAAUCUUCGGUAGACAUACGUAAACAAAAUGACAAUGUGCACUCUGGCGAAGAAGUUACAUAUCAUCCCUUAGGUGGAGCGGAACAGUCUGAAAACAAUAUUGAAUACGGAGAGAUGAUCCAUCAGAGAAAUCCGACGACAUAUUUCGAUAAAGUGGUCGACGACAAUGUUAUAUCGACAAGAUUCUACACGACACUUCCCAAUAGAGAAGCUGCUGAGAAAUUAGCCGCGCUGGCUGCUGCCGGUAACGUCAACAGUCGUCUCAUUGGACAGCUUCGGAAACAACAGAAAGAAGAUAUGCGGAAAGACGAAGCAAUGCCGUUUAAUCAUAAGAACGAUGACGGUGAUGAUGCAGUAAUUCAACACGGUAAGAUGACACGAUCGCAGAUCGAUGGUGAAUCUGAUGAACAGCAAAAUUAUAAUCAACCGACGAAAUCAGAUCAGAAUAUGAAAAUCAGUCAGCAGCACCGCCCGCAUAGGCAAAGCGUACAAAACGAUGAUGAAAAGUCACCUCUCCAAAUUACUGUGCCUGAUGAGAGCGAUUACGUUACGAGCGAUAAUGAUCAAAGUAACGUGGGAAAAGAUGAUAUCGGAGACAUGGAGUACGAGUACGAGAAUGAGAAUGAGAAUGAGGAUGGGGAAAUUAAAGAUGUGCAAUCAGCGAUUUUGCUAGAUGGAAAAACGACGUCGCACGAUAAUGAUUCUCGUAUUGAGUUUGGCAGUCGUUUGCGUUCUUAGAGAAAACUAGGAAGCAAAUAUAUUGUCGAACGCGCAUACGUGUAUUACUUUUUAAUAAUUGACGCUAGAAAUAGGUAUAAGCAGUAUGUUGUAAAUUAAUAAUUUAUUUAAAGUUACUUAUGCUACCUGUGUGCGCGCGCGCGUGUGUGUGUGUGUGUCUGUCUGUGUGAGAAACGCGUGAAAACGCGUGCAUGCGUUUCCCGUUGAUGCGGGCAAUCGGAGAGUCUGCCAAUUGCGAAAU